AUGCGUAGUCUGCCAGAUGCUAUUGAACACGCGCGGGAAGCCCAAUAUAACAAACACACUCAGCCCCAAUCUCCAAGCCCCACUCGGAGCCCGCAACCACUAGCUGUUAGCUUCCAGUCCCCAACCUCCACCCCAAAUGUCAGCCCUCAAAGCCCUCAACACCCCCUCAGCCUUAACAACAGCCCCACCAGCUCAACACCAGCCCAGCUCACUCCCCCCACAUCAGCCCAAUUCACCGAACACCCAGCCGUCGAUCCUCAAGCCCCAACCUCCAGCCCCCAGAUGUCAGCCCUCAACACCAAUCCCAGUCCCACCCGAACCCCCAGCGUGAGCCCCAACUUCCAACCCUCACUCGAACCCCAACUUCACCCGAAACACCAGCCCUCCAGUCCCAGAUGUCAAUUCUUAACACCAACCCCAUCCUCACCGAACCCCAAGCCUUCAGCCCCAACCCCAAACCCCUCACGUCGAACCCCAACCUUCACCCGAACUCCUAGCCCUCGACUCUCAAGCCCCAACCUUCUAGCCCUACCCGAACCCCAAGCCGUGAGCCCCAACUCCAACCUUCACCCGAAUUCCCAGUUCUCCGACUCUCGAGCCCCAACUUCCAGCCCCCAACCUCCCCCACCCGAACACCCAGCCGUCAGCCCCAACUUCCAACCUUCACGAAUCCUAGCCUCGACUCUCAAGCCCAACUCAGCCCCAACCCCAUCCCCAACCUCCAGCCCCCAACCUCCAGCCCUAUUCACAGUCCCAGCUUCCAGCCUCCAGCCGUUUCCAUUUUCCCAGAACACACACUUUUUGUUUCGCUGUCAAGGGGUCUCUUCAGCGUCGCGUAGGUCUUGGUCCGAGCGAAGGUUCGAGCAGGGUUUCGGACGAGUUCGGGGCACGUUUUGGGCUAACGGUUCGGGUACGUUUUUGCUACGGUUCGGGCACGUUUUCGGGUUCCGUUUUGGCUACGGUUCGGCGCACGUUUUGGCUACGGUUCGGGCACGUUUUGGCUACGGUUCGGGCCGUUUUGGCUACGGUUCGGCACGUUUUUGCUACGGUCGGGCACGUUUUGGCUACGGUUCGGGCACACGUUUCGGCAACAGGUCGGGUUCGGUUUGGGUGCACACACUUUUAACUCCCCAAGUGCAUGAUACUUUUAAGCACCCCAAGCGCAUGACACUUUAA